AUGGACAUGACCGAGCCACGGCGCGGGGCUUCAGAGGAGGUUGAUCGCGACCCUACCCACAGCCCCGCGUCCUCAGAGCACAAGCAAGAACUCCCCGAUGACCUACCCAAGUCGCUGGACGAUCGCCGGUCGGUGCCGGUCUUCCAUGAGACCGAGAUGUACGAUGCGUGGCAGGGACAAUCCCAAUUCCUCACGACCCCGGUCGCCGCGAAACCCCUGACUUUCAGUCUCGCGCUCGACGACCACAUGCACGAUUCCGAGACCGAUCUGCGAGCUCGUGACCUGGAGGACAGCGAUGCCCGAUUGAUGGAGAUGCUUGCAGCGCAGGCCGCGCAUCGCGAAGUGGACUCUCUCGGCGCAGAUGAAGAAAAUAUCGCGGCGGAUGAGAAAUUGACUGUUGCCGAGAAACGGGAUAUCCUGCAGAAGAGUCUCAAUAUGGCUGCUAGCAAUGGUGAUGUCGACCGUGUGCAGAAGCUGGUGGAUGGACCGGCGAAGAGCUACGUUGAUGUGAAUAUGCCGGAUGAGGAGGGCGCGGUACCCUUGAUCUACGCCAGUUGCUUUGGUCACCAAGAGGUGGUUUCCGCACUGCUCGAUGCUGGGGCUUUUGUCGACCAGCAGGAUCGAAAUCAAUGGAGCGCACUGAUGUGGGCCAUGACCAAUCGACACAAGACGAUCGCAAAGAUUCUUCUGGACCAUGGCGCUUCGCCGGAUAUAAAGUCCUCCUCUGGUGGAACGGCAUUCGACUUUGCGCAGCCGGGCAGCGAGAUCUCGGAGUAUUUACAUGAGAACGGUUAUAGCUUCGGGGCCGCUGGAGUUGAGCAUGAUUUCUAUGAUGCCGGACUUGCGCAUGGCCGUUUCGAGGAGGAGCUCGCGGAGAACGAGAUGAAGCGCCGUAUGAUGAUGGAGGAAAGCGCUAUUAACCUGGAGGUAGAUCUGUCGAGUCUUGGCCUGGAUGAGAAAUUCGAGCCAUCGGAUGAUGAAGACUUGGACGAGGAACAACAAGAAUUUGUCUGGGAUAGAUGUCUCAACGAUCAGAUGUUUGUGUUCCAAGAUCACGAACUGGAGCGUAUUCUGGAUAUGAUCAUCACCAACAUGACUCCUCAGCGGUCUCCAUCUCAAAAGCCCGUUCCUGCCAAUCUACUUUUCCUCAGUGCGCGCUAUGCGCACUAUCAUGCCAGCCCUGAGCUUCUUGCGAUCCUCCUUCAUUCUGCGACGGACAAGAUUAAUGACGUUGUGGAGCGUUACCAGUGGGAUAUGACCAUGCAAGCGUUCUGGCUGUCCAAUGCCACAUUACUGCUUCAUUAUCUCAAAAAGGACGCUGGACUGGUGGAAGCUACGGUACAGUUCCAGCUUCACUUGGCUGAGCUCAUUAAUGAGAUCUUCGUGCUCAUCAUCCGCGAUGCCGAGCGACGGAUGAACAAAGUCCUAGAUGCGGCAAUGCUGGACCAUGAAACCAUCCCUGGACUUGAAGAUAUCGCUUUCCAAAAUGAGUGGAAGCUGUUCCGGAAGAAGAAGUCUGAGGCUCCCGAGCCUGCAGAGAAGCGCUUCCGACCGCCAUCCCCUCGUCGACGCGCGCAAAUUUCGCCUCGUAACAUCACAUCGCUCCUCUCGUCGACUCUUUUCGUCCUUGACCUCUACGACGUCCACUCCGUGAUCACGACACAGAUCAUCUCCCAACUCUUGUACUGGCUCAGCGCGGAGAUCUUCAACCGCAUUAUGAGCACGAAACGAUACCUGGCUCGGACAAAGGCAAUGCAGAUUCGCAUGAACGUUUCCACUUUGGAGGAUUGGGCCCGCACCAACAACCGUCAACCUGAACAUUAUGAGAACGGUUCCUUGACGACUACCGGAGAGACCACGGUGGACGCUGCUCGCAGACACCUAGCCCCCGUCAUCCAGCUUCUUCAAUGGCUGCAAUGUUUCUCCUCGCUUGGUGAGGACCACGAGUCUCUCGUGACAACUCUUCUGCAGCUCCAACAGCUCACACCGACUCAGCUCUUGCAUGCUGUCAAGUCCUACCGGCCUGAAGUUGGCGAAAAGGGCCUCACAAAGCAAGCGAUGAGGUUCCUUCUGGAUGUACAGCGCGAUCCCGAACUGAUGUACCGGGAACAAUUCAGGAUUCAGGAAGAAAAGGCAAGGGCAGAUGCCGGUCCUAUCGCUCCCUCGACAAUCGAAACCCGCCCGAAAACACCUACGAAGGAAAAGCCUACGGCAGACGCCGCACCACAGGCCCCUGGAACUCCAGACCCCGGCCUAGCCUCCCCAGGUUCAGUCGCUGCAUCCUCACGACCGAAUAGUAUGUCUGGUCCAUCACGAAGCGACGAGCGCCCUGGAAGGGACAAUGUGUUCCUCGAUCCCACUUUCUUCCUCCCAUUCUCCCUUCCAACAAGCACAGACAUGCUCAUCAGUUACGGCGCCGGGCUAGGCGGAACCAACCGCGAGCGUGCACGCAAGUACAUCCCCACCGUUCCUCCGGAGGUGCUCACUCGAUUGGACCGUGGCGCCGAGGUAUAG